AUGGAAGCCGCCAAGCUGUACCGCCAGGAAACCAUCGAAUACGUCCAUCGCUGCCUCGGUCUCUCUGGCGAUGCGAGGAAAUACGACACUCCAGCCAACGAGAUCAUCGCUUUCUUCAAAAUCAUCGGCGACGCAGUGUGCGAGGCCUACGACCUUGCUGAAAUAAAGACCGGACUCGUAGAGCACAGGGAGCUUCUCUUCAGAGAAAUCGAGUUUUUCAUGGAAACUUCCGAGGUGGAGCAGCAGCGUCGCUUGAGUACCGAGCUCCCAACGACGGAGGAAUACCUCGCCACCAGGAUGGGAACUGGUGCCGUCAACGUCUGCACGAUUCUUAACGAGUAUGUGAAAAUUUUCCAUGUUUGGGAACACAACGUUGACACAGGCAGGGCUGCCUACGGAAUAUCUCUACCGGUCGAUAUCCUCAGAGACGUGCACAUGAAAGUCAUUUGGGACCAAACCAACAUCCUCGUCUGCGUUCUGCCAAAGGACCAGCAGAGCGUCGAGAGCAUCGUCCCAUUGCUCUACAACAACCUUGGGUCUCUUGCCGCAGCGGUGUCCAUGGUCAUCGAAAUUAUCGAGAAAUCCAUCAAAGAGUUCGACAGUGCGGCGGCGCUCUUGUUGAACAAGUUCGCAGACGACGAGGCCUUGGUUUCGAACCUCAAGAUAUACAUCGAUGCCUGCAGGCUGAAUUGCACCGGCAACCUGAACUGGAGCCUCCAGACGGGUCGCUACGGUGUAUCGCAGCAGACCAUCACUGGCGGAGUUACGAUGCGUUUGGGGUGA